CGCAAGCAGUCGCACCUUGCUGUGAUACUCCGAACACAGCAGCGAAACCAAAGAACAAAUCACCUCGACAGGCAAUGUUUCUGCUUCCGCACGGGGAGUCGUCUUCCUGACCAACAAUUUCUCUCGAGGGCACUUCAGAACCUCGGUAUCUUGGGAGGGAGCUUUACAAAUCAACGAUGAGCUUGAGGAGGAAGCUGGUGGUGGUAGGAGAUGGGGGCUGCGGUAAGACCAGCCUGCUGUUUGUGUUGAGCCGUGAUGAGUUUCCUGAAGGUUACAUUCCCACCAUCUUCGACACCUACGUGGCGGACAUUGUAGUGGAUGAGAAGCAGGUAGAGCUGGCACUGUGGGACACGGCGGGCCAGGAGGACUACGACCGCCUGCGGCCCCUCUCCUACCCCGACACCCACGUCAUCCUGGUCUGCUUCUCGGUCGACAGCCCAGACUCCCUGUGGAACAUCCCAGAGAAGUGGAUGCCCGAGGUCAGGCACUUCUGCCCCGGGGUGCCCGUGGUGCUGGUGGGCAACAAGAAGGACCUGCGGAGCGACGAGCGGACCCGGCGGGAGCUGGCGCGGAACAAGAAGGAGCCAGUGAGGUGGGAGGAGGGCCGGGCGGUAGCCGAGAAGAUCGGCGCCCAUGCUUACAUAGAGUGCUCGGCCAAGACAAAGGAAGGCAUCUGGGAGGUGUUCGAGACGGCCACCCGGGCAACAUUGAAUGGCCAGGUGGAGCUGGCUCUGUGGGAUACAGCGGGCCAGGAAGACUAUGACCGCCUGCGGCCCCUCUCCUACCCCGAUACCCACGUCAUCCUGGUCUGCUUCUCCAUCGACAGCCCCGAUUCCCUGCGGAAUAUCCCAGAGAAGUGGAUGCCCGAGGUCAGGCACUUCUGCCCCGGGGUGCCCGUGGUGCUGGUGGGCAACAAGAAGGACCUGCGGAGCGAUGAGCGGACCCGGCGGGAGCUGGCGCAGAACAAGAAGGAGCUGGUGAGGUGGGAAGAGGGCCGGGCGGUGGCCGAGAAAAUCGGCGCCCAUGCUUACAUAGAGUGCUCGGCCAAGACGAAGGAAGGCGUCUGGGAGGUGUUCGAGACGGCCACCCGGGCGACGCUGAAGGUGUCGCAGACGGGAUGUUUUGACUGUCACUGCACUGUGCUGUAGCCUUGUAUCUGAGCAAACAAAGAGAACGUGUGUUCACUGAAGCCAAGUGACCUCAGUGGAGGGGCAGACACCCUCGGUUAAAUCCAUCCGGGAGAAUGCAAACUGAGGUCAAGAUAUUUGUGGAAAAUAAUGUCAAGAGACGACUG